AUGGUUCAUCACUCUUUCAUUUUGCUAGUGUUUCUUCUAUGUAUUACAUCCUCUUAUUCAACCAAAAUUGUUCAAGUAGAUGAGAUUUGCCACAAAGUAAAAAAUCCUUCAUUUUGUUCGAGUCUUCUCAAUUCAAAAAAAGGUGCAGACCUUGUUAGUCUUGCACAAUAUACAAUUGGCGUGCUUCGUGUUAAUAUGAUGAACACGGUGAAGCUAAUCAACACACUGAUCGGACAAAGUGGUAAGGAUGUCAAAGCAUUAACUCAUUACAAAAUGUGUUUGAAAGAAUUUGUUAAUGAUGGGGGUGCUCUUUUUGUGCUUGGGAACGUAGAAAGAGUUUUGAAUGAAGGAAAUUAUCAUCUUAUGAGUGUUGGAGCUAAUGAUAUAAUGCAAGACAUUAGAAAUUGUAUUUAUGAUACUAGUUAUCAAGAUACUUCUUCCCUUCCAAGUUAUGGUGAAGUUGCCUUGCAAAUUGAUCAAAUUAUUCAAAUUAUAGCAGGAUUAUUUACUGCUUAA